AUGCACCGCCUCAUUCCUACUUCGAGAUCUCUCCUCUCUAUGGCAUCUGCCCCGCCUCGCUGGUGGCGGCUCCCACUCAUGGCGGCUUCCAAUCCCCCCGUCCGUCGUGUUUCCCGAUUUUGUCAUGGAUCUCAGAACAAGGCCAGCAGCAGCAGUGGAGUAAGAGGCGAGGAAAAGUCUGGUAAACCAGACAACAGACAGCUCAUACCUUCUGCCAGGGAUAUUAUGGAAAAUGUUGAGAAUAGUGACACAGCCAAGGAGUUCAUAGCUCGCCAUGGGAGUGUCAAGUGUAUAUGUAGUACUGGGAGGAGUUCAAGAGUGGAUAUCAUUUAUGGUGAUGAAGAAGCUCGGAGGACAACUACGGAUGUCACAGAUGGCGAACAAGAAACAUGGGAAACAUGGGGGGAAUUCGGGGAGGUUCUGCUAGAAGCGGACGCCGAUAAGAGGGCAGCCAAUGUGCUCCAGGCAGCAGCGGCACAUCAAUCCUCUGUUGACCGUGUAGUCCCUCUUAAUAGGCUUCCAGAUAGCAGUCACCGUGAUGGUUCAGUUUACAGGGACACAUGGGAAUGGAAAAAAGACUACCGUAUUGCGGACCGCUCUGAGACUCGGUUGGAGGCAAUGAUGUUAUCAAACCCCACGGAUUGCGACAUGGACAAUGGAAUUUGUUUGCGCCAUUAUCCUCGUCACAUGUUGCAAAUUUUCUCAUUAAAGUUGGCUAAAAUUCCUGUGGGUGCUGGCAAAGUAGAGUUGUAUGGCUACAUAGCAGCACGGGAUGAGCUGGAACCAUUUCUUAACUAUGUCGUCAAUAUUAGUAGGGAUGAUCCCUUCACAGUGGAGCAGGGUUCUCUUAUCAACAUGGCCCCGAAGCGCGGGAUCAGUUUGGAUUACGGUACUCUAAUUGAAUAUGAUAUGAAGAUCAAGACGGGUGAACAAGAGAAGGAUGAUCUACAGCUGAUUGAUGGUGUAUCUGUGAUAGGCCUCAUGGGCACAGUGGAUCGUUCUGUAUUCACAAAUCGCAUCAUUGGCGAUUAUGGUGCCAUUGACAUAAGUGCAUCACGUCUCGACCGUGCGGUUGAGGUAACCGUAGAAGUUACCGCGUCAGAAGUGCAAGACAUCUUCCGUUUGUGUCUCGGCUGUUUCAUCAGCGGGUUAGACGAAGAAAUCCGGCUCUUUGAUGGCACCAUUGGUGAGCCCCGUGGCUUGAAGAGGUAUGUGGUUGCGGUAGUGAUGGGUACUCAGAUGGAAUUGAAGUUCAAGGUAGGCGCAGAGUCCUCCGGUUACUCAGAACAUUGUUGCUCCUUCACGGCACACCAACAUGGGCAUGCCGAUCAAUUGAUCAAGACUGAUUUUGCGUCAUUCUUGGUGAAGGUGACACGGUCUGUUUUACCUAAUGAGAAAAACCUUUAA